GUCUGACGGAGCAGGGGGCCCAGCAGCUGAAGGGCCAGACGUCAGACAGGCUGGAGACGGUGAUCCUGGAUGUCACCAAGACUGAGAGCAUUGCUGCGGCCACUGAGUGGGUGAAGGAGCGUGUCGGGGACAGAGUCCUCCAGUUUGAACACUAGCCUGACUCGAGUUUCACCCCAGCCUGUCUGUGUCUGUCCCCUGCAAAGCCAUGUGGCUGUGCCUGGCGGUCCUCGUGGGCCUGUACUACCUCCUGCGCUGGUACCGGGAGAAGCAGGUGGUGAGCCACCUCCAGGACAAGUUCGUCUUCAUCACGGGCUGUGACUCGGGCUUUGGGAACCUGCUGGCCAGGCAGCUGCACCUGCGAGGCUUCAGGGUGCUGGCUACGUGUCUGACGGAGCAGGGGGCCGAGCAGCUGAGGAACCAGACGUCAGACAGGCUGGAGACAGUGAUCCUGGACGUCACCAAGACUGAGAGCAUCGCUGCGGCCACUGAGUGGGUGAAGGAGCGUGUCGGGGACAGAGGACUCUGGGGCCUGGUGAAUAAUGCCGGCAUUUGUACGCCCAUGGCACCCAACGAGUGGCUGACCAAACAAGACUUCGUAAAGAUGCUCGACGUGAACCUGUUGGGGAUGAUUGAGGUGACCCUGAGUCUGCUGCCCCUAGUGAGGAAGGCGAGGGGCCGUGUGGUCAACGUCUCCAGUGUCAUGGGCCGUGUGUCCCUCUUUGGUGGAGGUUACUGCAUGUCCAAGUACGGCGUGGAGGCUUUCUCAGACUCCCUCAGGAGGGAGCUCUCCUACUUUGGAGUGAAGGUGGUGAUGAUUGAGCCCGGUUACUUCAUGACCAAUAUGACCAGCCCUGAGGUGUUUAAUGGAAGCCUCCAGGCAUCAUGGGAUCAGGCCAGCCCAGAGAUCAAGGAACUCUAUGGAGAGAAGUUCGUGGCUAACUUCAUGAAGACGUCUAAUUUAUUGAAGCCAUCAUGGUCCGGGAAUCUGUCCUUGGUGACCGACUGCAUGGAGCAUGCCCUGACCGCCUGCCACCCCCGCACCCGAUACUCCCCUGGCUGGGACGCCAAGCUCUUCUACCUCCCCAUGAGCUACAUGCCCACCUUCCUGGUGGAUCUCAUGAUGUAUUGGGGUGCCCCACGGCCUGCUAAGGCCCUGUAACCCAAGACUGGGGUGCAUGGUGGGGGGAGUUGGGGACUGUGUGGGGAGGGGAUGCAUCAGGGAGAGGGAAAUAGAGUGGAGAAAGGGGUUUUCAUGUCACCAGAGACACCCAUCCCACCUCAGUCCCCAGGCUUCUCUUGGGACAUUACUUAGUUCUCUGGGGAUAUUAGGAAGAAAGGAACAAGUCUUAUGGCUGAGGAACAGGGCUCAUUAUCUCACGUCUGUGUCCUGUUCCUUGAGAGGCCUCUCAGUGCCUUAUGACCCACAUGCAGCUGUGAAAAACCCACACUUUGGGGAGGGUGUGAGCAGCUGGGAGUUUUCAGUCCCCCCUGCUCUGUCUCUGUCCACCUGUUCAGAUGUAUCUUUCCCGUGUCCGGUCUCCCUCUCCCCCAGGAUAGAAAUGGACAGGGGAGAUAAAGGCCCCUCUUGCCUGAAGGUAUGUGUUGACAGUGGAGGGUGACCACCAGCCUGACUCAUGAGCCUAGGUGCCAACUCAGUAGACCUUGGCUGGAAUGGGAUCCUGUCAGAGAACAAAGAAACCGGGUUUUGAUUUAUCUUGGAAACAAGAAUUUCCAUUGAUGAUUUUUUCCUUAAAAUUAUAGUUGAAAAGUUCACCUGCUUGAAUGCAUGCUAGAGCUUCAUGCUUAAUCUGAAGACUCCUGUUUUUCAAAUUAUUAUUUAUACACGUAAACACUCACAUACACACACACAGACCCAGCCAGUCACACCAAACAAACUGAAAUCAA